GCAACAAUAGUUUCUGAUGUGUCUUGCUUGCUUGAGGAGUUUCUGUGCUAGAAAUUGAAAAAUUCUUUAAUUUUAACAGUGGAAUUGAGUUUAAAUUGGUGUUAUUUCAUUAAAUAAAGUGCAUUAUGAUUACGUUAUUACCUUGACAUCUAGUUUUGCCAAAUUACUAUAUACUUUGUGAGUUAUUUUCGUAAUCGGUGACAUUUCUGUGGAGUGCCUAAUUUGAUCAUGGAGGCUGUAGCAAAACACGAUUUCUCUGCAACUGCAGACGAUGAACUCAGUUUUAAGAAGAAUCAAGUUCUAAAAAUACUAAACAUGGAGGACGAUAUGAACUGGUACAGAGCUGAAUUAGACGGCAGAGAAGGACUCAUACCUAGCAACUACAUUCAAAUGAAGAACCACAGUUGGUACUAUGGAAGAAUCACAAGGGCAGAUGCAGAGAAACUUCUAGCAAAUAAACCAGAGGGUGGUUUUCUUAUAAGGAUCAGUGAAUCUAGCCCCGGUGACUUCUCAUUAUCAGUAAAAUGCCCCGACGGCGUGCAGCACUUCAAGGUGCUCCGCGACGCGUCCAGCAAGUUCUUCCUGUGGGUGGUGAAGUUCAACUCGCUGAACGAGCUGGUGGACUACCACCGCACCGCGUCCGUGAGCCGCCAGCAGGACGUCAAGCUGCGCGACGUCGUGCCGGAAGAGGUGAGCGAGAUGCUGGUGCAAGCGCUGUACGACUUCACACCGCAGGAGGCGGGCGAGCUGGAGUUCCGCCGCGGCGACGUCAUCACCGUCACCGACCGCUCCGACCAGCACUGGUGGCAGGGUGAGAUCGCUCACCGACGCGGCCUGUUCCCGGCGUCAUACGUGACGUCUUAUCAUUCAUAGUGGCGAAACCCGUCGCUUUCCCUCACAUCAGAGCCGCAAGCGGGGCCCAGCCAGCCGCCGCUCCCGACCACACCCGCUGCGGCAGAGGAAAGCAACCCAGAUGAGAUGUAAAUCAUCCAUCCACUUAAAAUUGUCUGUGGUCAUCAUAGAUUAUAACUUGACUUGACACUAAAAGAUAUGGCGUUGUCUAUGGCUGGCUAUGACCCCAUAGACAAAACUCGCUUUUUUGCUCUGUGACGUUCAGGAGAAAAGCUUUGUUGAAGCAAAUUAUGAUAAAAGUUCAAAGUUUCGUCGCGCAAGGCGUAGCCGAGAACGAGUGUAUAUGAGUUUUUGGCGAGUAUUUGGUGCUUCGUGUCCUACAGUCUUCAUUUGCUUUUUGGGGUGUAAUAAUAAUAAUAACGCGUUAUUUUAGAAAUGCCUGACCCUCUUUAUAACAUGGGCAUCGUGCAUUGGCACCAAUUUAUUGAUGUUGCUCUAUGCGGUAAGAUUAGGAAGUACAAAACUUCAUGGUGUCUUCGCUUAUAUUAUGUACGCUAUCAAAGUGACGAAUAUAUCAACAUCUCAUAUCGUUCGUGACAAAUUUGUCCUCGAUAAUUAUGUGCCAGAAUGUUAUUUGUAGUUCGUUGUCGUAUAUAUUUUUAAGUAACAGAAAGGUAACGGGGUCUACAGUUAUUGCUGAUGCUCCCGGCAGUAUGGUUUUGAUAAUGUGAUUUUUAAAGUUUGAACAUUAUUUAUCCUUUUAUUAGUAUCUAAUGCUCAUUUUUUAAAUAUUUACCAUUUACAAGUUAAGUGAUAGUGUUAAGUUCGUUCUACGCAUUCGGUCUUAUUUUCAUAGCUAUACAAAAAGUGUAAUCUGGUAUCUUAGUCAUGUAGGAGAAUAUAAUACAAUGUGUAGCUCUCCCUAGCUUAGCGUCUGUUAAAUACGUUUGUUUCCGCACAAGUUUGAUUGCCGAUAUGUAUACAAUUAAUUAAUGACAACAGUUGAGUGUAGAUGUACAUACAGCGAAGCAUUGUAAUUUUAAAAUAAACUCUAAACUAUGCAUACGAUGUAAGGUUUUCUCGCUUUUGAUGUCUCUAAUUACAGCCUUAGUUUAACUUUAACUAUAAGGUGGACGAAGCUGUCUUUAAAUUCGUAUAACUACCAUUAAUAAAGAAUUAAUGUAAGAUGACGUAGUAAGUAAAUUCUGCGAAAUCACUAAUUUUAAGGCGGGCUAUUCUACUUUGUUAGUUACAAAGCAUUUGAGCGACGCAUCAAGAGCACAUUAAAUUACAUAAAUGUUUUGUUAUAAAACAGAGUGGAAUAUGUCGGUCAAUUAUUUCUCAAUAAUACAUGGUGUAUAUUGUGGCACUCGACGUGUCAUUGUACUUAGUUAGCGUUUAACAUUUAGUCAAGACUUUGAAAUUAAUAAAACUUUGAGUGCUCGUUGAUCCAAUGUAGAUAUUUAUUUUUGUUAUUGUAAUGUACCCAAAAUUACUAUAUUUAUGGCAACAUAUUUGAUAGGAAUUAAAACGUAAUCAUGUUUGUGAAUUAACUUAACCAGUAAGGACUCUGAUAAUUCAUAUUGUAACGAAUUCGCAUUUUCUUUUAUUUCUUGACAGUCUUUUGGUCUUGUAGACUGUAUACUUAUAAGUUACUUGUAAUUUCAAAUAUAUUUUCACCAAUUAUGACAAACUAUUUGCUUCUCGCUGUAGUGACUAGUGCAUGAAGGAAAGUUUAUAAAAUGGAAGUGCUAUAAUCUAUAAUAAUCAAAAUAUUUAAAUAAUUAAGUUAUGAUUCUCCAAUAUUGUGGAAGAUGUAUAAUAUUUUUUACUAAUAAAUUUAAUAUUGUAAA